AUGAUCCUCAAAGCCCUCCUCCUGGCGACCCUCGCCGCCGCCACCCCCCUCCUAUCCCCCAAGUUAAUCUCCCUGAACCCCACCGACUCCGACACCGAAAUCUACAAAUCCGUCCCAUCCUCCCCUCCCCAGGAAGUCUACCGCUCCUUUCACCCCCACUCCUCGAGAAGCUACCUCGAAACAGGCACCGCUGCCUUCCCCGCCCCAGCAGCUUGCACUACCGGCCCCGCCGCCUCCUCCAACGACGACAGCGGGUUCAACAUUGGAGAUUACACCCUCGUCACUCCUUCCAACAAGACCACCAGCUACCAAGUCGAAAAGACUUGGUAUAAGAAGCACCUCGUUUCUGGCCCUCACUGGUUCGGGUACAGCUCGGCCGAGGGACAGUUUGGGGCGUGGAAGUGCCAGUUUUUGUGCAAUGCCGAGGAGGAGUGCAAUGGGUAUUUUGUCUGGUUUGAGGCUCGUGAUGAGAAGGGGAGGGGGGAGACGAUGAAGUGUAAUCUGUUUGAUGCUGUCAUCCCCGAGUCGGUCUUGGUUUCUACCAAUGCUACUGGCUUUGUUGCUGGCGGGGCGUAUGAUCGGAUUUGCAAGGAGCAUGUCAAGUCGACCUGA